AUGGCACAUGCAACAAGAACAUUUUGGACACAAGCUGAAGCAUUGGAAUUCAUUACGGAAAGACAAAAAAAUAAUAAUUCAGUAAAUCAUCGUUUUUUUUCUUCUUUGAUCUAUGGAAAGAGAGUUUAUUUUUUUUGUCAGGGAGAAAUUCUUUAUUUAUUCAGUUUUGAAUCUCAACCGGAAGGAAAACGUCGAUAUCAAGUCGCUGAUAUUGAUGUUUUUAUUCAUGAAUAUUAUCAAUUACCAGCUAAUCAACGUCAUACAUACGAAAUUAUUAUUGACAAAAAACCAUCAAAACUUUAUUUUGAUCUUGAAUAUGAUAUUAGUGCUAAUCCAAAAAUCAAUGGGCCUAGAUUAACUACAAAUUUUAUUCAGGUAUAA